GCUACGGCUACCUCAGCCCGCCUCGAUCCGACCCACACCACUUAGGUUUCCCUGCGCCAGGAGCGUUCGCUCUGCGUCUGCAUGAGCGACGACCCGUUGAUCAGUGUGGGCAUGUAGUGGCUAAACGGGCUGGAUGCCCCCUCCCCCUCAGCCACCCUCCUCUCCUCUCUAUCGCCUGCAUCACGACGCGCCGCCCCCUCUAUUGCGCCGGGGUGGGGGUGUAGAGGUCCAAUCGGCAGUUGCCGACCAGUCGGCACAUCCCUGACAGCCUGACACACACACCACACAACACAGAGCAACCAGCAAUGACACAGCAAUGAGACAUCCAACCAUCGAUCGCACCAUGCAACCAUCCAGAACUGCCUGUGCGUGUGUUGGCUUUACCACAUCGGAGCUGCCAUUGGUUAGCGGUGGUGGUGGUUGUGGUGGUGGUGGUGGAGGGGGUGGAGGGGGCAUCGCAUGUGCGUAUGGAUUGCGGGGUAUGAGGCCUUUGGGGGUGAUGAAGUAUGGAGCAGGCAUGAUUGUGGGAGGCCUGACUCGCUCUCGUUUGAUGUCACGGGAGGGGGGAGGCGGCGGGAAUGGUGGAGGGGGAGGGGCUGGUGGGGGUGGCGAGACGUCCGCAGCACUUGACUCGUAGCCGCUGGAGCCGUCAACAUGCUGGGAAUCGCUGGGGGCCCGCUCGCCGCUGGCUGGUGGUAUGGACAAGUGUUGAGGUCGGGGCGGGCGACCGUGUUGAGGUGGGGGCGGGCGACACACCGAACAUCCAUCCUCCGGUACCUGACGGGGAGGGACAGAAUCAACAAAGCGGGAUCGAUUCAAUAAACGCGUCCCCAACACCACAUUUGUUUCUUACACACCUGUCUGUGUGGCUGCUCUUGCCGUCUCAUGCUGCCGAUCUUGCUGUUGAGUAAGGCCCGAAUGCUGCCCUCCAGCAGUCGCAGGCGCUCCUGUGUCACUGCGGCUGCUGCACAGUAAGUCUCCAUCUGGUGCAUGUACUCCUGCCGCGCUGCAGCCACAGAAUCACGAGGACAUGUACUCAACAUGACACACACCAUCGGACAUGUCACACACGUGCUCUUUCCCUCCCUCCCGCUUGGUAGAUCGUACCAGCGGUUUGCUCAGCCAGUUCGUUCAGGAGCCUGCCCUGCUUCACGCACUGCUCCUCAAGCGAGGAGCACGGCAGCACGCCAUUGGUUGGCGGCGUGUGGGCGCGACGACGGCCACCCGGUUGAUUCGCUGCCUGAAGAACCAACCGACAGGCAGUAAGUGCACACACCUACAUCCAGCCCGGCGGUGGUGUAGGUGAGCAUUGACACAAUGCCAUCACCGUGGAUUCGAAGGUAAGCUGCAACGGUUGCAGCCCUCUCUCCAGCUCAAGAGCAGAGCGCACAGACUCCACCUCUCGCAAGAGGCCUGCAGCGGAACAGCGCACACGGAGAGAGCUUAUCCAUGGUAUGCUUGUGCCUGUUGUCGGCAUAUCUCUCCUGUCUGCCAGUGGUCUGUGAGAGUCACCCUCAGGUCCACUUGAUCUGGCGAGGCUCUCCAGCUCGUCCAGAAUACUGAUCAUAUUGCGCCUUCGUUCGCUGCCCGCCUCCCAUGACUUCCUCACUGAUUAUAUUGCGCCUUCGUUCGCGUCCUCCAUCACCCCUAGG